GCCGUUGUCAAUUUUUGCCAACGUGACAGUGCCUCCUCGUGUUGAUACUGAAGAGAGGAUAGAAAAGAAACAAGCCUUGUUUAUUGCUAAGUCCCGACUAAGACCAAAUCCAGAGGAAAAUGGACAUGAAGAAGAGAGUUUCUUUAGAGCUGAGGCACCGGUCGCCAACAGAAGUCCAGGAGCUGGUUCUGGAUAACUGUCGCUCCAGUGAAGGUAAGAUCGAGGGAAUCACUGAGGAGUUUUCAAAUCUAGAGCUGCUCAGUCUCAUCAAUGUUGGCGUGACCAGUGUAGCAGACAUCCCCAAACUGGACAAACUCAAAAAGUUGGAACUGAGUGACAACAGGAUAUCAGGCGGUCUGGAGGUCCUGGCAGAGCGGCUGGUGAACCUAACACACCUCAACCUCAGCGGGAAUAAGUUCAAAGACAUCAGCACUCUGGAGCCCCUGAAAAAGUUACCUCAGUUGAAGAGCCUGGACCUGUUUAACUGUGAGGUGACCAACCUGGCUGACUACAGGGAGUCAAUCUUCAAGCUCCUCCCCCAGCUCACCUACCUGGACGGCUAUGACAUCGAUGACUGCGAGGCCUCAGACUCCGAUGGCGAGGGAGACGGAGUCGAGGAUGAGGAGGAUGAAGAGGGAGAGUCAGAGGACUUUGAGGAAGAGGAGGAUGACGAGGACGUAGUAGCUGAAGAAGAUGAUGAAGAUGAUGACAGUGGUGAUGAUGAGGAUGGAGAGGUGAAUGGAGAUGUUGACAGUGAGGAAGAUGAGGAUGAUGAUGAAGAGGAUGAUGAUGAUGAGGACUCAUCCCCAACCAAAGGAGUGAAGAGAAAGAGGGAUCUUGAGGAUGAAGACGAUGAUGAUGAUGAAUGAGGACCCAUAUCCCUUCUCUGACCUCUCGCUCACCCAGUGACACCCCCCCCCCCCCCAACCUCCUGCCCAGCUGCAUCUUAUUUCUGCACAUGGUUUCCUCUCUAGGCCCUUAUUUUGUCUCCCUCCACAGAUCACAGCAUCUCAACUUUGAUUAAAUUAUAAGGCUUAAUUACACAGUCUUAUUCCUGAUGAGUGUAAAUAUAGGUUUGAUGCAGAGCACACAUUAUACCUAUUGCAUUAGUGUCACAAUUGCCAUUUUCCUCAAACAGUCUGAAAAUGUGCAUCAUGAGUAUGCCUGAAUAACAUAUUGGAACUUAAAACAUUACAGGAUAGUUAAGAUUUGUUUUCUCCACUUAAACUCUUACCAUUGAUUUUUGGUGUUAAAUCUGAUCUGGAAAUCCAUACAAAUACUCAAUAUGCUAACAGAAUCCAAGGAUGCAACAUCAGAUUGGACAUGUCUAUAAGCUGAAGGCAUUUCUAUGAAUUUAAUGAACUCUCAAAAGCAAUGUGUAGCUUUGAGAGAAGUGUCAUAUGAGCCAUCCUUUUUAUAUUUUUUUUUGGGUAAUACUUUGUCAGAGGUGUCACAGUGGCAGAACAGUUUCUCAAAGUUUAACGGUCUUGCUUUAACAAAGAACUCAUGACAUUAUGGUAAAGAACGAUCCCACACUGGAUAUUUGUAAACUUCACUUGCAUUCCCCAAAUAUCAUCACUGUGCUCCUGUCUGGUCAGUAAAUGCCUUCAACCCACCCACUCCACGCCGCAGCUGGGCACACUCAGGGCAAACUGUCUCCUCUCUCUUGCCAACAGUUUUUUAACAGAAAUAUUUGUUCAGAGAAAGAGUUCUUGUUUAAUUUUGUUUGUAUGGUUCUCUGGGGAUGGUGUCUCUUUGUCCUUCACUUCCCUUCUGCCUCCGCCUUUUUUUCCCCUCUCCCACUCAGUUCUGUUGACACUGAUAAGCCGAGGUUAUGUGUUUUUCUUGUUCUUUUUUUUUACUUUGUAAGUUAAAGUAAAAAAAAAAAAAAA